UUUUCAAUAUUCCGGACACGCAACAAUCGCUCAGCAUACAAUAUACAUAUAGUGGCUAUAGCCGACAUUCAUUAACAGUGUUAAAUCGCAUUUUAUAUAUACAUAUAAACCAAAUAAAUUAUAAGCAUGGCCAGCACGCAAUUGCAAAGCUUUGAGCCCUUGGUAUUUGAACCAAAUAAGUUUCUGCAGAGUCGCCUGGAACAGUCUCCCCAUAAGCAGCAGCAGCAAGAGGAACAGGAACUAAAGCAACAGGAGCACGAGCUAGAGCUAGAGCUGGAGCUGGAGCUGGAGCAGGGGCAGGAAAUUGUAGCUGAUGAGCAAAACGAGCAAACAUUUAAAAUCGAAUACAAACAUCCGCUGGAGCACGUCUGGACGCUUUGGUAUCUGGAGAACGAUCGCACCAAGCACUGGAAGGACAUGCUGAAUGAAAUUACGCAAAUCGACAGCAUCGAAACUUUUUGGAGCUUAUAUUAUACAAUUAAAACACCUUCGGAGCUGAAGAUUGGCUGCGACUAUUACAUGUUUAAGCAAGGCAUACAGCCCAUGUGGGAGGAUGAGGCGAACAUCAAAGGUGGUCGCUGGCUGUUCACCGUUGGCAAAAGCUCUAAGGAGGCACUGGAUCGCAUCUGGCUGGACAUUCUGCUUAUGAUGGUGGGCGAGUCCUUUGAAUAUGCCAACGAGAUCUGCGGCGCUGUUGUCAACAUACGCGCCAAAAGCAAUAAGAUUUCUGUCUGGACGGCAAAUGGCACCAAUGAGUUGGCAGUUUUGGAGAUUGGCUUCAAGCUAAAGACAUUGCUUCAUUUACAAUCCCAUAACCUUCAAUAUCAACUACACUCGGAUGCCAUGUCCAAAAUUAAUUCUGGCGUCAGAUCUGUUUAUAGUCUAUGACCAAGUUGUUAGUUAGUUCUUAAUCUUAGUAUUUUUCACUAUUAUUUAUUUUAUUUGAGCAGAAUGUUAAUGGUAUGUACAGCACAUGAAACUGGCGUUAUAUAGUAUAUGAGAGAUAAUUUGGUUAAUAGGCCCAAAUUGUAUUUGAAAUUUAACAAAUUCUGCCCAGCAAAAUUUACGUGCAUUUAAUAAAGUUGUUUGCCAUAGCAUAUAUUUAAUGAA